UGAAAGUAGAUAUUCAUUAGAGAGAAAAUCAAUUAGAUUAGAAACAUAUUGUGAGGCUUUUUCCUCUUUAGUGAACACUACAGCUUUCCUGUAGGAUGUCAGGGCGUUGAAUUGGACAUGAAGCUUUCAUGAAUUUGUCUAUAUUUGUGCAUCAAUUUACAGCUUAAAGACAAAAGACUCACAUCAACUUCUAAAAAAAAGUUUUCAAGGUUUUAGGAAGAAAGUCGGGCCCAUAUUAUCUCAAGUCCUCCACCAUGCCCAACAGUGGGUGUAAGAUGCUUUUCCAUAGAUUGAGCCAUUGUUUCCACCCUAAAUCCAUCUGCUUCGGUUGUUUCCAGAUUCUCAGCAAUAUCAUCCGAACAAAGCACAUUUUGCUGUUAAAGUUGCAGUAACGAUGUUAAAUGUUAAUAUUUGUAAAUGUAGGACAAAAAAAUAAAAUAAAUUAAUAAUUAAAAAAACUCAAUGUCCCAGUCUAAUUGGCCUAAUUAACCCAACACACCUGCAAAGCCUUCAAAAUGUCUCUUACUGUAGGUCAGCAGGUUAUACAAUCAUUGGGAAGACUGUUGACUGGACAGAUGUCCAGAGAACGGUCUUUGACACCUUUCACAAGGGUGGUUAGUCAAAAACGUAAUUGCCAAAGGAGCUGGUUGUUCAAAGAGUUCUGGAUUCACACAUUAUAACAGAAAAUUGAGUGGAAGGAAGAAGUGUGGCUGGAAAAGGUGCAUCAGCAACAAAAUCCAUUAAAGAAUUUGGGGGUGCUUCACUAGCAGGUCAAGGAGGCUGGAGUUGGGGCAUCAAGAACCAAAACACACAGAUGAAUACUAAAGAUACGAUCGUCUGAUUCUGUUUCAGGCUCCUCCUGAACCAAAAAAAUGUCACGGGUGUCAAGGCUUUAAACAUUGUGGUUUAAAAACCAUUCAUAUUGUUUCUAUAUUUUAAAACCCUGGAACCACCGGACUUUUCUCUGUACAGGAACAGGAAGCACUGAGUAAUGUAGUGCUGUAAUGUAAAAUUGCGAAGCUGCAAGUUGUCACAUAAAAACCUUAAGACCACUGAAGUGUAGCCAUAAAAUGUAUAAUUUAUUGUAGAUGUUUGUUAUUUGAAAAGACCUUCCUGUAUAAAUAAAUGCAUAAAUGUAGGGAAUAUCAUUUGCCACCUAAUUUAAUUGCAUAAUGCGUGAAUAGUUUCUUGCAGUGCUGAUCUUAACUACAAAGGUCAUCUGGUUUAUGAAAUAGCAUUUCAUCAAGGCUAACAUAUGCUGCAGAGCUGCUAACCUGUCUCCUUUGAAUUUGAUUCACUUAGCUGCUUUAUAGUAAAUAUGGGAGAGAAAGUUACCAUUUUCCUUUUAGUGAAGGGAGAUGGAAGGAUGUUUGAUGUCGAUUGAUCAUUAAAUUUUUUUAGUUUGCAAGGCUUGUGUAAAAAUUUCUGUUCAUAUUAUCUUAAUUUUGUGAUUUGCUGAAUAAAAGAUGUUGCCUUGGCCUUAUGUUACCUGUACGUGACAGAAAGUAUUGUGUUGGUUUGUUUUUUCACUUUGUGCCUCGCAGGUUGGAAAACAUGGUCUUCAACCUCUGUCUACCACACUUUUCUACAACGGCUCAUUGCAACAAGGUGUGACAUGUUUUAAACGCCUAAUCUCAUAACUGUACAACCCCUCAAGCUCUGUGCAGAUGGUUAUGAUGUUACAAACAUUGUGUCAGCUGACCCUGCUCUACGGAAACGAGGAUUCAAGCUGGAAUACUUCCUACGCCCCCCUUUACAUGUGACAUUGAAGUUUGGCUUCCCCGUGGAGCUUUGCCGCGUCGAUGUGGAGCUAUGGCCCUUGGGAAUGGACAGGGGCCAAGCCUGCAGGAGAUUGGAGAUCAGCACAAGUUCAGAUACACCAACUCUGUCAAGUCGUGUGCCCGUUCAUCGACAGGACCAGAGUAAAAGGCAAAAGAAGGAGCAGAACAUAACUAACAGGCAGAAGCAUCGACAUGUCAUUAGUAAUGGCCAUCAAUGGAGUGUUCAGGCCCAGCAGUGGGGGACAGAAGCUCAAGACAGGCCUCAGCACACAGACUUCCAAUCUCAGUUGAACUCUGAAUCCAGCUGUUCUGAAUCAGAGUUCAAGCUGGUUGCUCGAUGUGAGCUCCGAGAGGAAACGCUAGUUUCAUUCAGCCACUCGAACUUUCGCGCCCGAGCUCCAUUCCUCUCCCCCGCUCCUCUACAGUCGGCAGCUUGUCGGCAGGAGAAGCUCUGGAGUCGGGGGCUGCCGUCGCUGGGUGCCGUGACGCAGCUUCGUGUCGCUGUGCCGUUCAGCGGUGCAGCAUCUUCCCUUGGGCUGAAGGCGCUGGCUGUGUGGGGGCAACCUGCUCGCUGCUGCCCCACGGAAGAAGUGGAGAGGAUUGAAAGAACCCACAAGGCUAAUGAAAGACGGGUGGAGCCUCCUGCGUUCUUUGCUCCUCCUAUCGGACAAACCAGACAAACACUCCAGGGCAACCUUAGCUCUGGCAGUAUUUCCAUCCCAGAUGAAUUCCUGGAUCCACUAACACAGGAAGUAAUGAUGCUUCCUAUGCUGCUUCCUAGCGGGAUGUCAGUAGAUACUUCAACACUGGAAGAAUACCAGAAGAGGGAGGCUACUUGGGGUCGGCAGCCAAACGACCCCUUCACCGGUGUCCCGUUCUCCUCCACCUGCCAGCCCUUGCCAAACCCUGAACUCAAAAGCCGAAUCGACCGCUUCCUCCUGGAGAAAGGGGUUGUAGGAAGGGAGGGGGCGCUGGGAGGACAGGACAAGGGGCAGAAUCCACAGGCUUCGAGGCUUGUAACUUCCAAUGGUCAGAGACAUUCACAGAGUUCUCCUGGUUUUAUUAAGGCCCCAGUGAACACUAACUCUACUCAAUUCACAACUAAAAUAGGAGGUACUAGUCAGACCUCUGCUGAGAUGGCAAAUACUGACUCAGGACCAUCAUCUACUAACAGAGAUGAAAAACCCAACACACACAUACUUUCAAAGGAUAAUAAUUCUUUGUUAAAAAGAGCAAAGAAACGAGAUCGGAGUGAAAUUUCAUCAGGAGAUUCAACAACUGAAAAACAACUGCUUCCCCAAAGCAAAAAUAUAAGAAAUAAUUCAGGUAUAGAGCUUAACGUCAGUUCCCACGAGCAGCUUCUCUCAGCCAGCCUUGAUGAGGCCCUCUUCUCUGCCCUGCAGGGCCGACCUUCCUUUACUUCAAACCUGCUCCACCACGGAGAAAGUACAUCACAGUCAACAAUAUGCCAAAGUUCAGGCUUUACAAGCUCGUCUACAGAUGGAAAGGUGUGCUCUCAGUGUUCCAGCUCCGUCUCCAUUUACUCUCCAUCAGCGUCUUCUAUCUACCGGCUGAUAUGUGGCCACUUGCUGUGCCGCGCCUGUGUGCAGAAAGAGACUAAGCCAUUAAACUCUGCCAAUAUCUCCAGUCAUAUUUUAUGUCCAUCUUGUCAAAGUCCUACCCCACGCUGUAACAUUACACGUGUCCAUCACUGAUGAAAGAUUUAUUGUGCAACAACUGUUUUUUUUCCCCCUGAUUAAUACUUGAAGAAAUAUACUUGUUGCUGUGAAUUCAUGUCUGCGGCUUAUUUAGCAGCAGUGUAUCUUAUUUUCAAGCUUUAAAAGUCUGUCAAAACUCUGAUGACAUCACCCUCUGUGUCCUCCACUGAAGGAAAGAACAGCACGGAUCUUUUCAUUGAGAUCGUAUAAAAAUAAACAUAUGCAUAAAUUCUUGUCCUCUUCCACCCCCUCUACCUUUCUGUUGGACUCUGUAAUGGCGGUGAAGUCGCAGCCUUGGUGCCGUCAUCUUUGUACAGAUGGGUGGAGGCGUGGCUGCACGGAGGAUGGAAAAAGAAUGAGGGGCAGCAACACUUGAGGUUGAUGGUGAGAAAAAUUUUAAGAGGGAAUAGAGCUGAUCCAAGGCUGGGUGGUCUUUGUGGAUAAAGCUGAAAGGGUCACGAUCAGCUAAUCGUUUUAUGUUUUACUCACCUUGUCCUCAUGUCUGGCCCCUGUCUCAGUUUGCUUUUUAAAUGAAGGCAGAACAUUUUAUGUAAAAAAACUCUUAGGAACCUAUAUGUUGGUUUAACUAGGAUAUAUAUUAUAAAGAGCUCUGUGAACCCACGAAAGACGAAAAAUUUCAUUUGGAUGCGGAAAUGGUGGAAUGGCCUCCACUCAUUACUGACCUCAGCUCUACUGAACACUUAGAAUCAAUGGAUAAAAGCAAUAGUGAAUUAAAAAAUGCAUGUUUCACACAAAUGUUGAAUUAUGUAUAGGUAGGGGCAUUGUUUUGAUAAAGAAAUUAUCGACCCAAACCACAUUUCCAAAUGUGUUUAUUUGUGACACUGGUUGGAUCAGAGAAAACCCACAAUAAGUUUUUUUUUUUUUAAGCAGUUUAAUGUUCUCUAAUUCUUCCCACCUGAAAAUGUCUGCACCUUUCUAAAAUAGUUUGACAUGUUAUUGACAAAAAAGAAAAAAGUAAUGGAGCUGCGGUGUACAAAAGUGUUAAUGUGAAGUUGUAGCUUGAACAUUUAUUUGUCUUCACAGUCAUAAACAGCAUCAUAUCUGUGUUGGUUUCCCUGACAACAUUAAGCAUAACCAAGGUCGUGAUCCUGUAUCCGCUCAGUUUAACUGGAAUCAGUAGUUCUGCAUCCGCAAUAAAGGCAUCAGCCUCACUGAUUCAGCUGGAGGCACAGAAAGUACCCAUAAAUAAAAAGGCUAAAUGAAACCUGCUGUGAUGUUUCUCUUCUGUUCAACUUUGUAUUUAACCCCAAUUUUAUUUAUCAGUGAAACUCUUACGUUACAGUUUUAAUUAGUGUUUCUUUAUGUGAUCAAGGAAGGAUUUAGAUAAACCAUGCAGGUUUUCUUUAUGUCUAAACUAAAAGUCUUAAAAGAUGCAAUGCAAUAGAAAUAUUGACCGUUUCAUUGUUUUUCAAAGCAAACUUCUUAAAAAAGGAGUGAGUUCCAUUAAUGGAUGAUGACUAAUAACUUGCUGUGUCUAACUUUCAGA